AUGGGACCUACUUUGACUCGUCAAAGCACUGUUCUCGCGAAAGUGGCCACACGUUUGGCCACAGAUACGCCAAAUAUUCGACAAGCAAUAGGACGCCAAGCUCGGCUAUGUUCUUACGCGGUUUUGUCGACCUUCGAGCUGCGUUGUGGCGCUUCGAUUUAUUUCUCCCGGCAAAUGACAAUUCUAAUGUUGAUUGCUGCGCCAAUUUUGACCGGUAUCGAUUUCAUCUGGGAGCUGAGUCUUGGA